AUGGACCUGUUUGCAGUCGGUGAUUACUAUGUGGGACGCAUUGUCAACUCUCAGGUGAAAUCUGGUGCCUCGUUUGGUACCGUGGACCAUGAAUCCCUGGGUGGGAUUAUGGACGGGUCCGCUGGUAGCCCAAGAGUCAAAGUACUGCUGCUGGAUAAGAACACGACCCCUACGCUGUCGGUGUGUGCCACGCAGACAGAGUUGCUGGAGCAUGAGAUCUACUUGAUUGAUACUGUGGAAAACGCAGAAAGGGAUGUAAUGCGUCAAUUGAAGUGUCUUGUCUACGUGAAGCCGACUGACGAAACGUUAGCUUGUCUCGUACGUGAGCUACAAUCACCGAAAUACGGGGAGUACCAUCUGUUCUUCAACAAUUUUGUUAGCAAACAGCAGCUGGAGACUCUAGCUGAGGCAGAUCAAUUGGAGGUUGUGGUGAAAGUGGAAGAACUGUUUCAAGAUUACCAAAUCAUCAAUGAACAUUUGUUCUCUCUGGAUCUGCCCAGAGCAAGCAGUGAUUUGGUGGUGGAUACUUUAGUUGAUGAGUCAUACAUGAAACAGUGUAAGGAUAGUCUGCUCUCCCUGUGUAUGUCUCUUAAGGUGAAACCGGAGAUUAUAAGGUACGACCAGGAGAGCGCAGUCUGUAAGUCGCUCGGUAAGGGUCUUUUGCAGGACAUUGAGAAAAACUCAAGAUCUCUAUUUGACUUCCCACAGGACCCUUCCACUCCACCCGUUCUGCUUCUUUUAGACAGGUUUGACGAUCCCUUGACACCGCUGUUACAACCGUGGACCUACCAAUCGAUGAUACACGAAUACAUAGGUAUCAAAAGAAACAUUGUUAACUUGUCAAAAGUGCCAAACAUUGAAGCAGAGCUGGAAACUGUAACGCUAUCCUCCAAACAAGACGUUUUCUUUCACGAUACAAGGUAUCUGAAUUUUGGGGAUUUGGGGGACAAAUUGAAAGAGUACGUGUCGACUUAUAAGACUACAGCCCAGGGUGCUAAUUCGGUAGACACCAUGGACGACAUAAAGGAGUUUAUUGAGAAGUAUCCGGAGCUAAAGAAACUUUCUGGGAACGUGUCCAAACAUAUGACGAUUGUGGGCGAAUUAGAUAGACAGUUGAAGGACUUACACAUUUGGGAACUCAGCGAAGUGGAACAGAAUUUGACUGUCCACGGGGACAACAACGAGGAUUACGAUUCCACUUUGAACUUACUCCGUGACGCCAGGUUGUCCCAGUACUAUAAGUUAAAGUUGGCGUGCAUAUAUAUGCUGAGGUACGACGAUUUUCACCCACAAGAACAAAAUAGUGGAGAGAUUGGUAAAAUCAACGAGAUCUUCAAUAUAUUAAAGGAAUCGCUAACCACAGAAGACAUCAACUACUUGCAUAAAUUUAGAAAGUUCUUUGUCCAACGGAAAAACAAGGCACUUCGUAACGGUACCGAUGCCAGUGCGAAUCGGUCACCAGAAAAGGACGACUUACUGACAGAACUGGCCAGGAAAUUUAAUACAAAGAUGGAUCUGCAUAGAAGUAGGCUCGGAGCAAAGCGUAAUGCUACCAGCGAUAAUGUGUACAUGCAACAUGUCCCCAAACUGUCCCAAUUGUUGAGCGAUCUCUCAAAAAAUAAGCUAUCCGAAACCAAAUACAAAUACUUGAAUAAGAGUACAUCCACUCCAACUAAUGCACCUACACAGGAUGUGAUUAUAUUCAUUGCUGGAGGUGUUACAUACGAAGAAUCAAGAUUUGUGGACCAAUUUAACGAAGCAAUGGGUAACGGUGGGAUGAGAGUGGUACUUGGAAGCUCAUCCAUAGUGUCAACUCACGAUUUCUUAAAUUCAUUAAGGUAG